AUUUUUGUAGUAGUCCAUUUUGCACUGCAUAUAACAGAGUUUAUAGCUGUUUUAAUAGCGUGCUGGACAUAAACACGGUUAUUCGCUAUAAACGGUUAAUCGUUGUACAGUACAUUUCGUAUAACGUUAUAUCGGUCGCGGGCAUCGCUCAGAAGAUAUCAGUUAGAAAACCCUAGCACAAUUUUUCAAACAAUAUUUUGGAAUAGAUAAUUAUUUCCUACAAUGGAACUACGAAACAAAAGUGCAUUUGCUGUGUCCAUUUCAGCCUUGUUGAUAUUCGCAGCGAGCCGUAUCAAAGGUCAGUUCAUACAAUGCUGUAGUGGCGCCAGCUGCGGCUCCUGUCAAGCAGCGAUUUUGCAGUCCAUCUGCUUAAGCGAUGCCGGUAGCAACUGGAUUCCCAACAAUCCAUCAUGCAACGCAGGGGACGGUUGUUGUAUCCCUCCGGGUGGCGGUGUGGGACCCGUUACCACCCAAAACCCGUUUCAGACAACGUUACCCUGGUGGCUGACGACGACACAGAAUCCCUUCUUCACCACUGCGCCGCCCUGGUGGCAGACCACGCAGCCGUGGUGGCAGACGACCCCUUUCAAUCCUUUCCAGACCACUCUCUUCCCUGGUCAACAGGGUAUAUGUUCCGGUCGCAUCGUGCGCAGCAGUUCAGUCUCGGCAUCCGGCGUGGGCGUGUCCGUCUUCGGCGAAGCGUCAGCCGGCGAUUCCCAGAUUGUCAGCCAGUUUAUCCGCGGAGGAACGGACAGUAUUUUCAAUGUUAAUAUUAAUGAUACGAAAAUUUCCCGCGUAAAGAGAAUUGUUGGAGGGGAGCCGGCGGUGGACGGGCAUCUCUGCUAUCAGGUUGCCAUCAUUUUGGCCACUAACCAACAGUUGGUUGCCACCGGAGCGCUGAUUGCCGACAAUUAUGUCUUAACCAGCUACAGCUCCAUUUUACGUGCGGAUCCGACGGGAAAUAAUUUACGCCUUAUUUUGGGUGGCAAAGCCUCUGUUAUACCACAGUUCGGAGCACCCGCAAACACCGCAUACCGUGUCAUCCGCGUGAUUCAGCAUCCGAAUUUCAUGCAACGUUAUGGUCCGGGAUUCCCAAUUAACGAUGUCGCACUGCUGCAGAUUGAUACAACGUCGCAGCCGGUUCAACCUAACACGGUUUGUAAAUUGUGCUUGGCUCCCGUUGUUCCAGAAUUGCGACGGGUAUUCGUCAGUGGAUAUGGAUCACAGGCUGAAAAUGUGCAAGUACCAGAUGGUAUCCUCAGGAGAGUCAGCGUCCCAUUAAUUCCUAAACCAGUCUGCCAGAACGUCUUCAAGACAAUUUUCCCCCAAAAUUUUGUUUUUGACGCUAAUUCCAUGUGCGCUGGAGGCGAGCCUGGUCGCGAUACCUGUAAUAAAGAUGGAGGAGCUCCAUUAGUGGGAGAAGACUUCCAGAAUAACAGGUUUCUUCUUGGAGUAUCAAGCUGGGGUUAUGGUUGCGGACGUGCAGGCUACCCUGGUGUAUACACCAACGUGACCUCCGUAGCGUCGUGGAUAGGAUCCGUUACCUCUUUUCUGACAAUCAGCGGUCCCUCCGGAAAUGGAUAAAUGGCGUACUGGAGUACAUUAACUGGAUGCACUUUCGAAUCCCAAUUUUCAAUGUAUUAUUUAUCCUUACCUGCUGUUGCACAUAAAGUUACAAAUGCGUGACCGGUCUGUAAUAUUCUGCUUUGGUUUCUCUCUUUGCGUUCAUGCUAAACUACAUUAAUUUAAUUAAAAAAGCUUGAAAAUUUAUGCCAUUCAGUAAAUGUUGUGUCCGGAAAUAACAGUGUGUACAGAUACGGGUUAGUAAAAGCGUGAGUACUUCUGUUGA